AUGAAAAUAUUUGAAGAUAUUAAAGGUAAAUUCAAACAAUUAGUAGAAACACAUCAAGAUAUGAUUGAUGAAUGUAACGAUUCAAAUUUAAAUGAUGAUAUAUUAAAUGGAGAAUUAGAUUUAUGGUACACUAAAUAUUCAAAUGUAACAUCUUCCGAACUCAAGAACAAAAAUACUAUUGAAGUAUACUUCCAAACUAGUCCAAGUGUUAAUUCAGUAAUAUCUAAACUUCUUCAAAUAUUCAUAACACUUCCUGUAUUUACUGCUAUGGGAGAACGAUCGUUUUCAACACACCGUCGUUUAAAAUCACAUUUCAGAAAUUCUUCGGGACAAAUACGUUUAAAUGGCUUAACCUUACUAAAAUAUAUUCAUCGCGAUAUCAAUGUGGAUAUCAAUGAUGUUAUCGAUGAACUUGCUAAAACAUCAAAACAAAAAAUGAAUAUACAUUUAUAA